CUUAAUAAUGAUUUAAGAAACAAGAAUAGCUAAUAGAUUGUAAUAGGAUAAAAAGAUUAGAUAAAAUUAAAUUUCAGAAUUGUUUAAAAUAUUUGAAGAUGAUUAAAUACAAACAGAUAUUGCAUAAUCAUUUUCUAAUGAACUUGAAUAGGCUGCAUUUAAUUUAUCAGGUGGAGAAAAUACUAGAGAAUACAGAACAAGAUUAAAUACAGUUAAAAUUAGAUUAAAUGGUACUAAGGGUACUUAAUUAAUACAAAUUUAGGCUAAUUCAUUCGAUCAGUUUUAUUGUAGAAAAUUAUGACUCCUUUAGAAUUAAUGGCUUUUGAUAUGUCUAAAUUAAAUGAAAAUUCAAUACAAUUAUUUUUAGAACAAAAUAAUAGAUAAAUUCCUCAAAAGAAUAUCUCUAAUAUAUUAACUUAAAAAAUAUAAAUGGAUAAAGAUACUACUUAAAAUUCAAAUGAAAAACUUAAAGAAUUAUAUGAUGAUUCAAAAGGUAAUACAUAACAAGAAUAAAACAAAUAACUUAAUGAAUAAAAAUUUAAUUAACAGGAAUUAAAUAAUAAUACUGAAAUACAGUCUGAAAUAAAACAAAAAUAAAAUAAUGAUCAAAUAACUACAAUUGCAGAUACAGAUAAAAUUUAUUUUGCUCCUUAAGAAGAACCAAUUUAAUAAUUUGAAGAAUUCAUAGAUUAUGUAAUAUUUAUUUAUUACAUUCUUAGAGUUUUGAAUAUAAUCAAAAAUAAAGAGAUUUUGUUGAAGGAAAUGAUUUUCCUAAUAUAGAAGAAUUAUAAAUGAAUGAAAUUAAAAAAAAUAAUUAAUAGGAAGAUUAAUUUGUAAAUAGUCCAUUACCUUCUGAUAAUGUAUUAAAUUAAGAAUUCCUAUAAGAUGAUCCUUAAGAUGUUACUAAGGAAAAUGUUUAAACUAAAAUUUUAGAUUCUCAAAUUUAAGAAGAAGAAUAAAAAUAUUAUGAUCAUGAAUGUAGUUUUUAAAUUUAAGAAUAAAAAUUGAUUGAUGCUUAAAAAUAAAAUCAAAUUUAAGAGAUUGAUCAUUAACUAGCAGAAUUUGCAGCAGUAUAAACAAUUUAAUAAAACUAAAAUCUUCAACCAUCUUUAAUAAAUCAUUUGUAAGAUUAAAAAUAAGAAAGCAAUAACUUACAUAUAUAAUAUUUUGAAUAAUAAAUUUAUUAAAAAAAAUUGGAAUAACACUAACAUGAAUAAAACAAUGUUUAAGAUAUUUAAGAGAAUAAAUCAGAUAUUAUUGAAGAACUUCCUCAUAAUUAUGAAGAAUUCUUUAGUUUUAUCACAAAAAGAGAUUAGCAAUUUGAAAAAUAAAUCUAAUAAUUGUUAGAUCAAAAUAAAACAUUGACAGAACAAUUUUAUAAUAUGUAAAUAGAAAAUUAAGUGUAACAAGAAAAUUUGGAAAUAUAAAAUCUUAAUUAAAAAAAUAUAAUUUAAUAAUUGAUCAAUGAGAACAAUCUUUUAAAGUUAACCUUUUAAUAAAAUGAAUAACAAUAAGAAUAAUUAUUAACACAUUUAAAAGAAUAAGCAUUAAUUGAAAAGGCUUAAUUCUAAAAGGUUUAUUAGAAUCAAUUAUAGAAUUAAUAGAAACAUAGAUAAUUUCUAGAACAGAUAAGAUUUAAUUUAGAAUAUAGAAGGGAUACUGUAAUUAAAUUAAAGUAAUCAAAUUUAUAAGGUUUUGGUUUUCAUGAUGAAAUUAGUUAGAUUCAAGAAUUAUUAGUAAAAAAUGAAUAAUUAGACGAUAAUUAUUAAGUGAAUUGUUAAACAAAUGAAAAUCAAAUAUAAACUAUUGGAACAGUUAUAAAUGCUGAUUCUGGUUCAACCUAAAUUCGUAGAUUUAAAGAGGCUUUGAAUCAAGAAUAUUAAGAUGAAAAUGAAUAAAAUUAAUUAGAAAGUGAAAUAUUCAAUUAAGGGUAAAUAAAUUAAACAAGAAAUUUAUAAUAAGGAAUAGAUAUAUAAAAUUAGAAUUAUAAUUUAGAAUAAGAAAGGGAUUAGUAAUAAGAAAAUUAAGUUAAAAAUAAAAGAAUAAAUAAUAUAAAAUAGAAUAGUAAAAAUAGAAUAAUAGGAUUAGAGAAAGAUGAAUAAAGUAAAGGAUAAUAAGUAAAAAGAUGUAAUGUUGGUGAAUCAUUAUUUGAUUGA